CGGAUGACCUAUAAUUGGCAUUAGUUUUGUCGAAAACAUCAUUUCGAUAUAUUGCAAAAUAAACGAAUAAUGAAAAUUAAUAACAUCAUGAAAUUCUAUUCAAAUAUUUACGUAACAGCCGCUAUGCUGGUCAUAGAUGUACUACUAGUGAAUCCUGUUCAAGGAACAUUUGGUAAAUUUGGCCUAGCGCUUGGCAAUAACGGUAAUUAUGGCGGUUACGGGGGCUACGGAAGUUACGGUAGUGGUUACAAUGGUGGUUAUAACUAUGGAACGGGCGCCGGUUACGAUGGCAACGUUAAGGUAGUUAAAGUUAUUGUCGAACCAAGCGUCUCGACAGGAUAUGCUGGCUAUUAUCCUUCAACUGGUGUAGUUACUCCGCCAAUUAGCUAUGGUUCCGGUUACAAUGCCGUCACAUAUGGCUCCGGCUAUCGACCCAGUUAUACGUAUGGAUCCGGCACUGGCUAUGGUUAUGGAUCUGGCACUGGCUUUGGUUAUGGAUCUGGCACUAGCUAUGGUUACGGCAGCGGGAGUUAUGGGUUAGGCUACGGUCUCAAUAGUAAUAAUAAUUGGUGUUGAAACACUUAUCGAAAAUGUUCAAUGCCUUACGAAUGCUUUCAAGAAGUAUUAGAUGAUCAACGAAAAAAUUAAUCAAAUCCGGAAAAAUGUUUUGCUUUUCUCGAAUAGUUUUUUAACAGCAAAUUAUCUAUCAUAACUAUGUGAAAUAAGUGAACAAAAUUUUUUAUUUACUUUUAUAAGUGUUAUCUAUACUGGUUUUAAAGACUAAUGUCACGUUGAACUUUUAUUAAAAUAAAAUCAAAAAAUCGAUUACUUAGUCUUUCUUAAAUAAGCACGAGUAAGCACGAGUGGGGCCAGUUCAAGAAGUAAAUUUCCUUAGAAGCCAGGCAACUAUCAUAUUCAAUGUCAAUUGAAACGAUUUGAUUCAUUAGAGUUGAAAUCGUUGCACUUGAAAUUAUUGUCCACUUUUGGAUCGCUUACCAUUCGAAUAAGUAAGUUAGCAAUUCGAGAAUGUGCAUAAUCGGCAAUUAUGUGCAAAAAGAUUGACAUUUUAGUCGUACACGGUACCUGUUGGCAGCAGUGUUCAGUUGCCAUUCGGCUA